AUGGCGGCAACAGCAGCGUCGGCUAUUUUCAACAGGGGUAUGGGGAGCAUGGGGGCUGGUGGCAAGGAUAAUACUAUGCGAGGACUGGUCUCGUUCAUUGCGGAUCUGAGGAAUGCACGAGCAAGGGAAUUGGAGGAGAAACGCAUCAACAAAGAGCUGGCGAACAUUCGACAAAAAUUCAAAGGCGGUAGUUUGUCUGGCUACGACAAGAAGAAGUACGUGUGCAAGUUGCUGUAUAUCUACAUCCUCGGCUGGAACGUCGAUUUUGGGCACUUGGAGGCGGUGAAUUUGAUUUCGGCGUCCAAAUACUCAGAGAAACAGAUCGGUUAUCUGGCGGUUACAUUGUUCCUUCACGAACAACACGAAUUGCUACAUCUUGUGGUGAACAGCAUACGGAAGGACCUUGCUGACCAGAAUGAGCUCAACAACUGCCUUGCGCUACAUGCAAUCGCCAAUGUCGCUGGCAAGGAAAUGGGCGAGGCCCUUUGCGCCGACGUUCACAGACUUCUCAUCUCGGCAACCUCAAAACCGUUCGUCAAGAAAAAGGCGGCUUUGACGCUGUUGCGUCUUUAUCGAAAGGUCCCAUCUGUGGUCCAACCGGAGUGGAGAGAAAGAAUUAUCGCUAUCAUGGAUGAUCCAGACAUGGGCGUCGCUUUAUCUGUGACAUCCUUGGUCAUGGCGUUGGCUCAGGACGACCCGGAUGCAUACAAGGGGAGCUAUGUUAAAGCCGCACAAAGAUUACGCAAAAUCGUCGUGGACCAGGAAUACUCUGGCGACUAUGUGUACUACAAAGUGCCGUGUCCGUGGCUGCAGGUGAAACUCAUACGACUGAUGCAAUAUUUUCCACCUUCAGAGGACACGCAUGUCCGGCAGCUCAUGCGUGAGUCAUUGCAGGCGAUUCUAGACAAUGCCAUGGAGACACCGAAGAACGUGCAACAGAAUAACGCGCAGAACGCGGUCCUCUUCGAAGCCAUCAACCUCAUUAUUCACCUCGACACGGAACGAGCUCUUUUAUUACAGAUCUCAGCCAAGCUCGGCAAAUUCAUCGGUUCUAGAGAGACCAAUGUAAGAUAUCUUGGGCUGGAAGCGAUGACUCAUCUGGCGGUACGCGCAGAGACGUUGGAUCCGAUCAAGAAGCAUCAGGACAUCAUCAUCGGAUCACUCCGGGAUCGAGACAUCACAGUACGGCGGCAGGGCUUGGAUCUGCUGUACAGUAUGUGUGAUUCUUCGAAUUCGCAGACAAUCGUCCACGAAUUGCUCAAGUACCUGCAAUCCGCCGACUAUGCGAUUCGAGAAGAGAUGGUGUUGAAGAUUGCCAUCUUGACGGAAAAGUAUGCAACGGAUGUGAAGUGGUAUGUCGAUAUUUCCAUGCGCCUGAUUGCCAUGGCCGGUGAUCAUGUUAGCGAUGAAGUAUGGCAGCGAAUCAUCCAGAUCGUCACCAACAACGACGAAUUGCAAGUCUAUGCUGCGCAGAACAUCCUGCAAUAUUGCAAAGCAGAUCAUUGUCAUGAGACGCUUGUCAAGAUUGGGAGUUACAUUCUCGGCGAAUUUGGACAUCUCAUCGCGGACAGUCCUGGUGGUAGCCCCAUCGAGCAGUUCAUGGCACUUCACGGGAAAUUUGGGUCAUGCUCUCCAAACACUCGCGCCAUGAUUCUCUCCGCAUUUAUCAAAUUCGUUAACCUCUUUCCCGAGAUCAAGAAACAGCUUGUUGCCGCGUUGCAAGUAUACAGUCGAUCGUUGGACUCGGAAUUACAGCAGAGGUCAUGUGAGUACUUGGCCAUGAUUCAGAUGCCCAACGAUGACCUGCUACGGACGGUCUGUGACGAGAUGCCGCCCUUUCCCGAACGCACGUCGGCUCUACUCUCACGACUGGACAAGAGAUCUGGCAACGGUGACAAGCGGACGUGGUCUGUGGUCGGUAAAGACGGCGUUCCCGGUCUAGAUCGAAGUGCAACCCUCAAGCGCAAUUUCACCAACGGUGGUGGACUGACCGCACUCUCGCCAGACGGAUCAACGAAUGGCCCUAAGGGAGGUAUCAACGGUGGAGCGAGAACACCGAUUGAAGAGCUCGCCGGACUCGAUCUCGGAGCGCCCAACCUCGCUAGUGCUUCACAUCUUUCCCCUGGUUGGGAAGAAGGCUACAAUCGGCUGUUGGUCCGAUCAGAGGGAAUACUUUACGAGGAUGCUCAAAUGCAGAUCGGCUUGCGGUCUGAGUAUCGUGCCGAGGCUGGUUGCGUCAUCCUCUAUUUCACGAACAAAUCCUCUGCUCCUAUACAAUCCUUCACAACCACUCUGGAUAAUCCGUCAUCAGAGCAGCUCAAAAUUGACAACAAAAGCCUCCCGGAGACGACGGUACGUUCUGGUGAACAGACGUCGCAGACGAUCAUGCUCGAAGCUCGCGGUGUUUUCACCGAGCCGCCAACAAUCCGAAUCUCGUACGUAGCGGGCGCGCUGCAGGCGCUCACUUUGAAGCUGCCGGUGGUGCUGCACAAGUACAUGGAGCACGCUGUGCUAGCGGCCGACGACUUUUUCAAGCGAUGGAAACAGAUCGGCGGGGCGCCGCGCGAGGCUCAGAAGAUCUUCCUCGCGCACGACAUUUCGGCGGAACAUACGCGCCGAGCGCUUCAGGGCUUCCGAUGGUGCGUGCUAGACGGUGUCGACCCGAACGCAAGGAAUUUCGUGGGCGCGACGGUAUUGCAUACGGCGGGAGGCAAGUUCGGAUGUCUAUUGCGGUUGGAGCCGAAUUCGGAGAACAAGAUGUACCGCCUCACGAUUCGCGCCACUGACGAAGCGGUGCCACCGAUCUUGCUCAAAUUCAUGGAAGCGAGAUUAAGUCGCCCAUGGCCCACGUAG